AUGCAUCAUCUCGAGCAGGCGCUAACGCGUAAGAAGAGCAGUAGCUGGCUAUCGCUUCUUAAAGAUGGUCGCAAGGGAGGCAGUUCCAAGUCCACGUCAGCAGCAGCAACAGCCGAGCCUACGUUAGCAGCAACGGAAGGCCACCAUGUCCCGCCAGCAGGAGAGGAGAUCCCAGACGAGGCUCGGGUCAAGCCUAACCGAACCUCCAGCGGAGGCUCGUUAUUGGACUGGAAAGGGAAGGGCAAGAAGGAUAAGCCUAGGAGCCAUGCAUCGGGGAAGAGCGAACCGGGCCCGCCUGCCGUAACUAUCGAGGUUACUAGGGCAAGGGUUGACGACGAUUGUCUUCCUCUUGCGUCUCCUUCCUCCACCGCAGUCUCUUCCGUUCCUUCCGCCUCCUCCCUCUCCUCCUCCUCCUCCCGUUCCACCUCAGCACGCUCCUCUUUGGAGCGUCCCGUUGACGGCAUCCCCUCUAUAGACCGUUCCGUUAGAGACGAUGAGUCGCCUAUGGCUCUCCAAACGGCUGACUCGCUGCGCAUCCACAGGAAGGCCAAGGAAGCUUCAUCGAAGCAGCACGACGGCACCUCGCCAGUCCCGCAGAUGAAGCUUCGGAUGGAGCCGCCAGUGCCGAGCCUCGAAGGGUCAGACCGAACCUCGGGCGCGAGCAGCCGAGCCAGCAGCAGCGGAAGCGAGAGCGGGAGCGCGACCGCCAGCAGCGGCCGACACGGCGGGACGAACGGCGCAACCAGCGCGAGCGUAACGAGCAGCAUCAGGGGUGGCGUCGGCGGCGGGAACAGAGACCGGGACAGGAGUAGGGCCGGGUCGCUUAGGGUUGUAUCACUUCUAGGGGCGGCCACGGAGGUGGUGGCGACGCUAGGAUUGGAGCAUUUGCUGGUGGGGCGGUCGCACGAGUGCAAGUUUCCGCCGUCCGUGCUCGCGCUGCCGUGCGUCACGGCGCCCGCGGCGGCAGCGGGCAUGGAGAAGCAGAGCUGCGGCACCGCGCACGAUACGCUGUCGCAGCGCGUGCGGAAAGGCCUCUCGCGUUACCACGUGGACGUCGAAGCAAUAAAGCGACUGCAGCCGGAUGUGAUUAUAACGCAGGACGCGUGCGACGUGUGCCUCGUGACUGUAGCGGACCUCGAGGCGGCGUGCGCGGACUACUUCAAGCAGCGCGAGGAGUCAGGGCACGUGUGCCACGUGGUGUCGCUCAAGCCAAUCACAAUCUCGGACGUGUGGGACAACAUGGUUCAGGUCGCGGCGGCCGUCGGGCACAGGGAGAAAGGCUGCGUGCUCGUGCAGACGCUCAAGGCGCGGUGGUCGCUCGUGCGCCGGCAGGUUCCGCUCCGCGGGUCGUCUCCGCGCGUGCGCGUGGUGUGCCUGCAGUGGCUGCACCCGCUCAUGGGCGCGGGGUUCUGGGUUCCGGAGAUCGUCGCAUGCGCGGGAGGGAAGAGCCUGUCGGGGAAGCCCGGGGAGCGCACGGCCAUGCUAACUUUGGAAACCCUUCUAUCUUUGGACCCUGACGUCAUCAUCGCCAUGUGCUGCGGCUUGUCCAUGGAGGCGGUUCUAAGAGAGUUUCUUAACUUGGACGAUUUGCCCCAGUGGAACCGGUUGAGAGCGGUUCAGACGGACUCCGUCUUCGUGGCUGACGGCGACCGUUACUUUAACAACUCCGGGCCGACUAUAGUCGAGUCGGCGGAAAUCAUGGUGGAGAUUCUUCAUGCGCGCCGGUUCCCACACCAUAAAACCGCAUUGAACCGCUCUGGCGUUGCUGGUGGCGGUGAUAAUAACGCCCCCCUUUCCUCGUUUCGCAACAACCGCGUCAUGGGCUCGGGACACGGGGCAGCAGGCGCGGAAUCUCCGGAGAUCGAGAUUAAGUACGAGGGGAGGGCGUACGCGCAGUUAACAGGCGGGUGCGUGGGGGCGUGGCGCGCGCUCCUGGGGGAUGGCGGAGGGGUUGAUCAAGCAGGGGGAAACUGGGGAAGGCUGGACGCGGGGAUGGGGGGCGCUGGGGGGAGCGGUAGCGCGGGGGAUAGGGGAGGCGGGAGCGGAGAGGAGGGGGAGGGGUGGUUCGCGCAAUUGGCAUCGGAAGCAGCUGCUAAGGGCGCGAAGGAAGCGGCGCGGGAGGCAGCUUUGGUGGCGAAAGUGGGGGGGAAACAGCAAGGGACGCAAGGGUCGCAAGGGCAGGGGAGCAGCAAGGGAGAGGCGGCGAAGGUGGCGAACAACGAAGCUUUUGUUCCUCUUCGCCCGCCUCCUGGUUACACGGGAAGUGUCACAACAGCAAGCAGCAGCGCCGCAGCCGCCGCUGCUGCCGCCGCCGCCGCCGCUGCCGCUGCUGCCGCCGGUGCUGGCGCUUCUACCAGCCUGGCGGGUGGCGCAAGUGCUGCGCCCCCCGCGCCCGCUCCCGAGCCCUUGGCGCCCCUCCCCUCCCCGCCCGGGCGCAGCUCCAGGCGGUCGCUGUGGGGGCUGAAGCGGGGGAAAGGCGGAAAAGACGCGGAGGAGGGGGGGAUAGAGGCGGAGAGGAAGGAAGAGGGAGUGAGGAUAGAGGAAUCGCAAGCGCAGGAGCAAGUGCAGGAGCAGGCGCAGAAAUUAGCGCAGGAGGAGCAGGAGCAGGAGCAGGAGCAGGAGCAGGAGCAGGAGCAGGAGCAGGAGCAGGAGCAGGAGCGGAUACAGCAGCUGUUUCUGACCCAGUUGAGGUUAGAGGAGGGGGCACAGCAACAGACGCAGCCAGAGGCAACGACACAGCUUUACCAGCAGCCGCAGCAGGAGCAGGAGCCGCAGCAGGAGGAGGAGCAGCAGCAGGAGGACGCUUCCCCCGCCUCCCCCCCUCCGCCCGCCAUCUCCCUCACAGGCGCGGCGCUGAAGGCGGCGCAGCUGCGCGCGCUCUUCCUCGCGACCAUAGAGGACUCGCUCCCCGCGGACUGCCUUCUCCUCUCAGGCGGACUAGCCUCCACCAUAAUCGCGCACGCCGCCACCUCACUCAUCUGGCCGGGCAGCAUAGCCGCCGCGAUCACCGUCCUCGCGAGCCCCAAGGCCGCGGACAGGCUCCCCGCGGCGGCGGCCGCGCGCGGGUGUCAGCUGGGCGCGGGGAUGGGCGGGGGAGGGAGCGGGGGGCAUGUGUUUGUGGGGGGCGGGCCAGGGUUUCAGCCGGAGCAUCUGUUGGAGACGGAGUUGCGGUUUGUGGUGCGCGUAUUGAAGAGCUUCGACCCCGCUGAGAUCCGUAUGGGCGUGGUGCUGGCGGCGGGGCUGAGGGAGGCCAAGCGGCAGGGCUUUUGCUCCGUGAUGGUGGGCGAUGGCGCGGACGAGCUCUUCACUGCGUUUGACUUCAUGGUGCGAAUGAGCGAUGCCAAGCUACAGGAGUGUCGGCACCACAUGGUGGAUGUGCUGCGCUUCCCCUGUAGGGACCUCGCUCAGGCACUGGGUCUUGAGGUUCGGCAGCCGUUCCUGCACCCGGCCCUGCAGGAGUUCGCGUUGGGGCUGACCAAAGACGAGCUGCUGGGGGAGGGGCGCAGCGAGGAGUGGUGUGACUAUAACGAGGGCAAUCUCCUGCUGCGCAUGGCCUUCCCUGAAGUGGUCUCUGCUCGCCGGCCCAAGGACCCCAUCGAGGUGGGAGCCAGGACAGUGGCACUGACACGCCGCUUUGCACACAGGAUGGGAGGGAGGAGUUCAGAUGGAGUAGAGAGUAGGCUAAGUUUACUCAAUCCCCUCUGUGCUGCUUGCCCUUCUGACCUCUCUCCCCCACACCAUGUGGGAGCCGGCACAGUGGCACUGACACGUCACUUUGCAAGGAGGAUGGCACGGGAGGAGUUUCAGGUGGAGAGGCAGAGGGUGAGACGAGUCCACUCAAUGUCCCCCCUUCUCUCUUUGCCCUCCCCUGGUUAUGAUUAUGAUCUCUCGCCCUCACACAUCAGGUGUUUGGCGGACCUGUGCUCCCACGGGUGCAGCGCUGGCAGCCCAACGCCUGCUCUGUGCAAGGCUCUUCUGCUCACUUCAACGUCCCCCUAUGCUGCUGCCGCUGCCCCUGAUCCCUCUGGUUCUCUCGUGCAGGUGUUUGGCGGCCCUAUCCUCCCAGGAGUGCAGCGCUGGCAGCCCAACGCGUGCUCUGCCUGCGGCUUCCCGCCUCUCUUCCCAGACCAGCUGCUCUGUGCCACCUGUGGCGAAUGCUCCACGCGCAAACCCUCCUCCCGCCGCCGCUCCCAAACCAACAACACCGGCCCUGGUGCUGCUGGUGGCACGGGUGUUGGGAGCGGUGCUGGGGACGUUGGGGCAGGUGCAGAUGGGUUUGGAGGGGUUGGAGUGGGAUUGGAAGGGGUGCACGGGAGGGGCCAGUCAGGCGGGACUGGUGGCGGUUCUAACGGCCGGGGGAGGUUGGGUGAUGUGCCUCGCAGCCCCCGCCGCCCCUCUACUCCCCCUCGAGGCUCCUCCACCAGUGGUGCUUCCCCUUCCAAUGCUGGCAGCAGCGGGAGGAGGCAGUGGGGCUGCUGGGGCAACGCGGGAGCAGGAGGAGGAGGGGUGGCAGGAGGGCGAGAGGCGUUUGGAAUGGCAGAGAUAAGUGAGGGGUGUGGGGAGGGCGGGGAGUGGGGGGAGCAAGUGGUGGUGGAGGUGGCAGAGGAGGUGUGUGCGGCUCUCAAAAUCCACGCGUUGCUGCUCUCCUCUUACACUCACCCGCCCUCUGCCGCCUCUGCUCUCCACCAUUCCGACUCGCUCCUCUCCCUCGUUGCCUGUGUGGACGGCGGGUUGAGCGUGUGGGGCGAUAUUAUCGGCUCAAGCCAGUGCAGCGACGAGCCUGAAGGCGAUAGUGACUAUACCGGGCGGGACAAUAACGAGGAAAAGGAGAGGUGCCGGAGCGAGGGCGGGCAGAGGAGAGGCAGCCGGAGAGGGGGGAGGUGGAGGCGGAUGGGAGAGCGAGGAGGGGUGUCCGGCGGGGGAGGGUCGAUGGACGGUUCAGAUCGCGAGGAUGCGGAUGGGAUUACCGAAGGAACGGAGAUGUGGAGUGUUACUGAUGCGACGACAGAAGUGGCGGGGUUUAGUGAGAGUGACGAAUGGGGCGAUGGGGAUGGGGAUGGGUAUGGGGACGGGGACGGGGACGGCACACACGAAGGGCUGAGCAGCAGUGGCAGCUUCUCGGACUGUGCUAGUAGCUUUUCAGGGAGGGAAGUGGGGGCAGAGGCGCUUGGGGUUGGGGGAGGUGGGGAGAAGGGUUAUGUGCUGGGUGGGGAUGAGUGGGGGGACAGUGGCCAUGGCAGUGGAAGAUUUUUGACAAAGGGAGCGGAAGCAGCACCUAAGUACAGGAUGCUUGGUGCAGAAUUGGCAGCUAAGUCAUCCUUGGGACACCAGCAGCUCUCCACCACCUCCCCUACAUUUUACUGA